GGAUGGAACCUGCAUCAUCACAGAUACUAGUUGGGUUCUUAACCCACUGAGGCACAACGGGAAAUCCAAAAACUUUAAAUUAUAUAUAUGGCUUCCAUUACAUAUAUGUUGAAAAGUAAAACUGUGCUACCCUGUUGGAAUUAGGCUGCCUUGGUGGAAUCCCAAUCUAUUUGCCAUAGGCCAGAGUUGUUGAGAGGAUUAAAUAGUAAAGACUUUGGAAAGAAAGGGCUGUUUAAAUAUUUGUCUUCAUUAAACUGCUGUUUCUGAGUUUUCUUGUCUGUACAUUUUGGAUGUAAUAGAACUUAUGUCAUUAGUAGUUAUGAAAAGUCAGUGAGAUGAUGCAUGCUUUGUAUCCCCAUUUCACAGACAGGGAAACUAAGGAACGAGACGGGUCCCUUAUGAAAGCUUUUUAUGACACUUGCAGUCCCUUUGAUUUCUGUGCAGAAUGAAUGGGCCGUUUAAACAACCAUCAACAUACUAGUGGCUCUGGUAUAAAACUUGCCUCUCCCAUAGGAUGUACUCUUGCAAAUGUGUUAAAAUGGAUCCUCACAGAACAUUUUCCAUAGCCUGAAAACCUUGCAAGUCAUCACACUGGGCCUUUAUUGUUUUUAGUUACUAACAUGUAAAAACUGGGAGGUUUUGUGUGCAAAUCUGGACUUCCAGCUUUUCUUGAAAAAGUGGACAAGCUGGCUACACUGGACCCACCCACAUUCCUGCCUGUUAACAAUUAGUAGGAGCUGUCUCCUUCCUUUAGACAAGAUACUUUGUUCCAGUUAGCCUCAAUCCCUACCACUCCCUAUUGUUUCAUGUUACCUUAACAUUCAGAACAGUUCAUUUCCUAUUGCGCUCAGGUUGUUGUUUCCUUAGAGCCAAUGUUCUGCUCUUUUUUAUUUUUAGAGGUGGGAAAACAGGGGCCUGUAGUUUGUCAUGCCUACCAACCUGGCAGUUGGCAGUUGGAUUUGCUGCCCUACUUCCUGUGUGGUAACAGGCAGUCGGUAUCCAGGGCUAAGGGAACACACCAAACCCUGCUGCAAGGAUGAGGGGUCCUGGAAGUCUUCACUGAGGAGAGGACCUUAAGCCUUGGCUCAAGAAGAAGAAGGUUAAGAAGUCAAGAUACCAAGAGGCAAAGGAUUGGUCCAAAAUCAAAAGCCUAGGGCUGUACCAGCUUACCAUGGGUAUCAUUAUGAUGAACCGAGUGUGUAAAAUGUUCCGCCAAGGCCUCCGGGGAUUUCGGGAAUAUCAGAUCAUUGAGACGGCUCACAGAAAGCACCCUAUCUUCUCUUUCUGGGAUGAAAGGAAGCAAGGUCGAAUCACAUUUGAUACCAUGGACUUCGUUGCAGAGUCGGGUCACUUCCCUCCAAGGGCCGUUCAGAUAGCGCAGAAGAAGCCUGCUUGGAGGACAGAGCAGGAGAUCCAGGCCCUCUGUAACCUCUUGCAGGUUCUGGAUAGUUUCCGGAACUACUCAGAGCCCCUGCAGCUGCUUCUGGCCAAGGUUAUACGCUUUGAACGGUUUGGUCGUAGGCGUGUGAUCGUCAAGAAGGGCCAAAGGGGCACAAGUUUUUAUUUUAUCUACCUGGGCAUGGUCGCAGUGACCGAGGACGAGGAUGGCAGCAGUGCCUUCCUGGACCCCCACCCAACGUUGCUGCAAAAGGGCAACUGUUUUGGGGAAAUGGGCCUUCUAACAUCUUCAGUGAGGAGGGCCACCGUGGUCUGUAUGGAAGAAACAGAGUUCUUGGUUGUUGACAGAGAGGAUUUCCUUGCUAAUAAACUGGAUGAAGAAGUUAAAAAGGAUGCUAAGCAUCGGUUUGAAUUUUUUAGGAAAAUGGAUCUGUUUCACUCCUGGUCUGAUGAUAAGCUCUGGAAGCUCGUAAUGCUGGGGAAGGUAGAAAAGUUCUCCUAUGGGCAGCUGAUCUCAAAGGACUUUGUAGAAUCGUCCUUCAUCAUGUUUGUCUGUAAGGGCAGCUGUGAAGUCCUGCGGCUGAUAGACCUUGGGACCUCGCCCUUCUACCACAAGUGGGUCUGGCAGCACCUGCAGCUAAUAGAGGACAGACCUCUAAACUCCCGUCUCAAGGAUCUGUCUCCUGUGGAGAGAUUUAAGGAAUUCCAAAUCAGAUCGUAUCCUGUACAGGACUUUAGUUUUCUGAAACUUCUGCACCUCCAGAAAUCCCAGGAGCAGCAGGGAUCCAGCUUCAGUAGGAAGAUUAAAACCUCAGGAAAUACCCUCCCAAAGACCUUGGGGUCAAAGAUUAAAUCCAGGUGUCCUCAUUUGAUGGGAUGUUCCAUGAUUGAAACCAAAUAUGGUGAUCUCCCCAAGGAGGCUGCAGUGGGGGCCUACAUGAAGGUCCACACCGUGGAGCAAGGAGAAAUCUUGGGCCUUCACCAGAUCCUCCUCCCGGACAGCCUACAUGACAUGCGGCCUUUGAUCCUCGUGAGCCUGGGAGCUGAGGUGAUACGGGUGGGGAAAGAAAAAUUCUGUGAACUGAUUGACAGUGAGACAAUAGAAAAGUUGUCGAAGUUCAAGAUCAUGUACCCCAGCGAUGAAGAUAUGUGCCAGAAGUUCCUCAAGGAGAACACCUGGAAUAUCUUUCGAAAGGACCUGGUACGGCUGCUUGUAGAGCCUCGCCAAUGUCCACCAUUCACCCCAAUCCGGCCCAAGAAGAAAGGGAUCUACAACCCCAAGGCUGUGAUGCUGGAUUUGUGUAGCUUAGACAAGAAGAUUAAAUGUCAUCAUCCCAUUUUUAUGGCACCCCAGAAAUAUCUUCCCCCACUGAGGAUUGUUCAAGCUAUUAUAGCACCCCGGUACAAAAUCCAAGAACUCCUGCCUCAGUAUAAGAAUGCAGGGGUCCUUGUUUAGAAUCAAUAAAAGGUAUUGGAUUGAC